AUGUUUGCCAAGUGCACACCCCCUCUGGCUCUUCCCCUCCCGGGCCGAGGCUCUCUGAGGGAGGAGGGCCCUGGCUACCACCCAGCUUCCAGAGCAGGAGCUGGGCGCAGGGCUGUCGGGCAAGGGCCUGGCAGCAAGGGCCGCCCCCACCCCGUGCCUGCCCGCCCAGUGCUGGGUGUGGUUGGGCAAAGACGAGCCGAGCCAGAUAGAGAAGAGGCCCGCAGGCCGGGCAGUGAGCGCUGGCGGAGCCUGAGUCCUGAAGCUGCUCCGCGCGAGGAGGGCCGCUCCGCGGGGCCUCCGGCCCAUCUGCCCAGCCUGGGGGAGGCAGCGCUUGGACAUUUGGCAGCUGAAGAACCGAGGUUUAGAGAAAUUAAGAAAUUUGCCCAGGGCCCCACGGCCAGGACCCAGCUGCUCAGACCCCAAUGGCCCUGGCUUCGCGCACUGCUCCUGUCCGCUGCCCGAGGCGCGCUGCUCAGCUCCGCGCUGCUGGCAGCUGCUGUGACCAGUGACUACGGGUACCUCCUGGAGGUGGCGGACCCCGGCAACCGCCCCGGCCAUGGGCAGCUCUCCUCCCACUCGGGGCUCUGGCGCAUCUGCGAAGGUACACCCGCUGACAGCUGCAUCCCCCUGAUUGACCCCUUUGCCAGCGGGAGCCAGGACGACGCCGCCACCUCCUCGGGGCAGCCCCUCAUCUCAUUGCACCAAGCCAUCAUGGUGGUCCUGCUCGGCCUCGUCCCCAUCGUGCACGGCUGGAUCUGCGGCCUCCUUGGCUCCCUGGCCCAGAGUGUCCCUCUGCUGCUCUUCACUGGCUGCUACUUCUUGCUGGGGGGCGCCCUGACCCUGGCAGUCAGCGUCUACAUCAGCUACUCGCAGCUGGCCUUCGCCCAGACCGCCCGCCAGUACGGCCCCCGGCACGUGCAGGACGUCCGCAGCAGCUUCCGCUGGUCUGUGGCCCUGGCCUGGGGCGCCUGUGCCUCAGAGGCACUCAGUGGCGCCCUCCUGCUCACAGUGGCCCGAGCCCUCAACCUGAGCCAGCGGCCGGGUCCCCCAUUCUGUGGUCAUCCAGGUCCCAGGCGGGAGGGUAGGGGGAGAGGGCCUCUGUUUCCCUUUUUGCAUCUCCUGGGAUUGGGUGGCUGGAGCCUGGCCCUGGAGAGGCCCCAGGAAGGAGGCUGA